AGUAUCCAGAAAUAGAUAUUUUAGUACGGACAGCGCUAUCGAUCUGCGAAUAUCGGAAAAUUCUAUUACAAGAUUAAAUAACCUUUGUUAUUCUUCAAAUUACAAAAUAAUUUACUGUCCAAUGAUAAGACAAAGAUAAAAGUUGAGUGCAGAUUAGUUAUAAACGGUGAGCGUGUGACAGUGCGUUUGUAACGUUCGAUGAGAAAAUGUUUUUUGUUGUAUGUGUGGCGGGAUUAUUAUCACUGGUGUCAUCAGAAAGCUGCUUUUACCAGCGAUGCUUAGCUUGUCACCCACAAGAAACAAUUUGGCCUGGAAAUCGUCAAGAAUGUGAUCCUUCCAACUGGGCAACAGCGGAAUGGGUUCACAAUCUGGGACAUCCACCGCCAAAAACUGAUUCCAGAAUUAACGUGGAAAUGCGUUGUCUCAAAAUGGUAGCUACGCCUGACGACAAGACUUUUGGAAAUACGGUAGAUGUUAUCAAAGGAUGUGUGCCGAAGGUGCAAGUAGAUUCAGUAUGUCUGGGCUUAGUGGCGGUCGAGCGCGCACGGGGUCACAGCGACGCAAGAUGCUACAUUUGCAACGGAAACGAUUGCAACUCCGCGUCGCAUAUCAACCCCAGUAUGGCUCCUUUGCUACCGCUCAUAUUAUACUAUGUACUGAGGUGAACGGGAUGUAUUAAAAAAUAGAGUUAAUACGCGCAAUUAAUGCGAAAUUAUAAAAAUACGUAAGGUCUUUAAUAGGCCAUUUAACUAUUAAUAUCAAAGUCAAUAUAAAACACUUAGAUUGAGGUAAAUUUUGACUUCAAUUCGGCGUGGGAUGGACACGUUCCUGUUCGUGUCUUAUGGAUGUACAGACUCCAUUGACUUGAAACAUUUUGCCGUCUCCGUCUGUUCAGUUAAAAUCAACGCUCACAAGGCUUUCAUUUGCUUUUUUUCCUUUACGUUUGAGUAACUUUAAAUGUGACAACCGUAUCUUAGGGUUUUUAAUAAGAGGCUUCGUUCUUGGUACGACAGAGCAUCAAUAUAUAAUAUGUGAAAUGGUUAUAUUAUAACAGUCUUAUACUUGAACAAACUAUACCCCAAAUAGCUAUUGAAUGAUUUAUCCUAAUCUCGUGUCGCUUUGUAAAUAAAUAAACAGAUGUCAAUUGUUUUUUUUUCUUUUGACUAAUCUACUGUUUUAUACAAUCAUUUCAUUCAGAUCAGUGUUUCUCAACGUGGCGCGCCCCACAGUGAGGCAAUUUUAUUGUUAAAGGGGGCGUUUUGAAAAUUUAUUAAAAUUAUUUGGAAAUUCAAUUUCAGUUUUUCAUUCUUUUUUUUAAAUUAACUUACUGUGUUUCGUCCUCAAACGAAUAAUUAAAUUUUUUGUAAUAUUAAAAAUUAUGUACUAUAUUACAUAGCUAAGGAGGUACAAACACGGUUGUAAAACACUGAUUUAGAUUAUCUAUGGUUAUCUAAGUUCGAUCUCCAUUCCCAAUUAUACGUGUCGUAAAGUAACACAACUGCUCA